AUGCUAACAGCCCAAGCAGCAGGCAGUGACCGUGGGGAGCAUCGAUCUCAGCAUCAACAGCAGCAGCAGCAGGUGACGGGGGAGCGAUCGGUGGCGCAGCAGCAGCAGCAGCAGCAACACUGGCGCAGUGAGGCGGCAGGUGACCGGGGAGCGAUCUCAGGGCGCAGCAGCAGAUGCAGCAGGACCGUGGUGAGCGAUUCUGCAGCCGCAGCAUCAGGGCAAACAGAGCGACGGCAGAGGAUGCAGCAGGCAGCAACAACAAAACACCAGCAGGCGCAGAAGGUGGCCCGUGGAGAGCGACUGCACGCAGCACAAGCGGUGGUGGUGGUACGUGGAAGAGCGAUGCCAGACAGCAGCAGCAGCAACAGCAGCAUCAGGCGGUGGUUGACCGUAGAAGCGAUUUCUGAAGCAGCACACAACAGCAGCGAAGAAGGUGAUAGUGAUGCCGCAGGAGCAGCACAACAGGCGCAGCAGGCAGAAUGUAACUGA